CCCAGACCGAUCAAUACGGAAACGCGCCGCGCGAUCCAUCUCGCCAUGGGGAUCGUCCUCUCCGCCGCCGCCGCCACCUGCGGUGGCCUCCGCCGCUCGCCGCCACCGCCACCACCGCUCUCACCCCCGGAUAUCCUGGAUGCCCAUCCGUCGUACUGGAAGCGGGAGGUCCAGCCGGAGCUCGCCGGCGUCUUCCGCCGCUUCGACACCAACGGCGACGGUCUCAUCUCGGCUGCGGAGAUGAGGGAGUUCUACGGGUGCUCGGUGGACGAGGCCGAGGAGAUGGUCGCCGUGGCGGACAGGGACGGGGACGGGUUCAUCAGCAUCGAGGAGCUCGGCGCGGUGAUGGUGGGCGGGGAGCUGGAGGCGCUGCGCGCGGCGUUCGACGAGUACGACGUGGACGGGGACGGUGUGAUCACGGCGGAGGAGCUGCGGCGCACGCUGCCUAGGCUCAUCGGGGAGGAUCUGACGGCCGAGCAGUGCGCACAGAUGGUCGCUGCUGUCGACAGCGACGGCGAUGGCGUAAUCUCCUUCGACGAGUUCAAGGCCAUGAUGGCUGCGACCAAGGACAUGGAGGCAUGAUCCACCAGACCGGACAUCAUCUCGUCGGCGUAUGUACAUGUUUGCUUAGCCGCAAUUGUUAAUCGGAUUCGUUUUAGGAGCUCGCCUAAUUGUUCUGAUCUAUUAGGUGCUCACCCAAAGUUUGUUUGAGUUUCGGGUUGCUUAGAUCAAAACUAGUUGGAUCUUUCGUUGGUGCAAGCUAUAGUUAAUCAGUCGAUACUGAUAUACAUGGCUCAAAAAUAUAUUGGUGAGAUUAAAACAGAUGUUACAUUCAAAAAUAUAUUGGUGAGAUGAAAACAGUUAUUACUUAUUUUGGUGGGUGAAAACUAGAUAUGCAAAGCUGCAAACUCGAACAGAUCGAUCAAGAGCUAUGUUUGCUUUUCUGAUUAUAUAUAUACUUGAUCGUGUU